AUGGCCCACCAAACUAAGAGAAAGGCGUAUGCCGGGCUGGUGACGGGAGACGGCGAGAGUGGCGCUAAGAUUGCCCACAAGCAGGACGAGCGGCCGCAUACGAGGAAUAGGAGUAUCAGCGAGUACAUCCCGGACCCAAUGAGCAUACCGAAGCGUAUGGUGACGGUGUCUGGCUCGCACGUCAAGCCGGAGGAGGGGAGUUUCGAGGGCAACUUGCGACGAGAGCCGCAUUUAUCAGAAGCGCGGGGUCUUACACCGAUAGAGAAGCCGCCAAGUCCACCGCCAAGCGAGUCGUCUCAGAGCGCAAAGGAUUCUGAGUCUACUGCGCUCAAGGAGAAGAAGCGCCGGCAUGAGUACUUUGAGGCCCGUGGCCGAAAAGACAGAAAGCUGCGCAGGUGGAGGGUUAUCAAGAUGCUCGGUCAGGGCACAUUCAGCCGUGUAAUGCUUGCAACGAGCCAAACGGCUUACCCUGACGAGGAGGACUAUGGACAGCCCGAAAGAAAGAGUCUAGACACUGGCUUAUUGACCCCAGAACCUCAAAUCAACUAUGAUCGACGGAAAUUAGUUGCCGUCAAGGUUUGCGAACAUGGACCUAAGGGUGGCGCUUCAGAAGACAGGAUCGAGAUGAGCCUCAAGCGCGAGCUCGAGAUUAUGAUGAGCAUUCAUCACCCAUCACUCGUCGAUCUGAGGGCAUGGAAUAUUGAGUUGACUCGCGCAAUUCUCGUCCUAAGUUACUGCCCUGGCGGUGAUUUAUUUGACGUAGCAACCGCACACCGGGAGCUACUUGAACCACCCCUCCUACGAAGGAUAUUCUCCGAGCUGGUUGGGGCCGUGGGAUAUCUUCACGAAAGACGGAUUGUCCACCGCGACAUUAAGCUAGAGAACGUCCUUGUAAACCUCUCACCGUCAGAGCUGUCCAACAAGUCAAUAGACUGGCAGACAUAUCCUUAUAGCGUCAUUACGCUUACUGAUCUCGGCCUCUCCCGCAGGGUAGCAGAUGACGAGAAGCUCGAAACCCGCUGUGGCUCUGAUGACUACGCCGCGCCGGAGGUCAUCAUGGGCCAGCCGUACGAUGGCCGAGCAAUAGACGCUUGGUCCCUGGGUGUGCUCCUCUACGCAUUGCUAGAGAGUCGUCUACCCUUCGACCCCAACCCAGGCAUGAGCGACGCCCACCGCAUGCGCAGCCGCACAAGCCAUCGCAUCGCCCGUGUGGAGUGGCGAUGGAUAGAAUACGCCGGAGACGACGGCGACCACGAGGGCGACGUCAAGAAGUUCGAGGAGCGCGGACUGCUUGGCGCGAUGGAGAUCACAGAGGGCCUGCUGAAGCGCGCGAGGAGCCGAUGGCCGCUCAGCAAGGUCGCGGAGAUGGAGUGGGUCAAGAGCGGGAUCCAGGUCGAGGGCGGGAUCAAGUUCAGAGAGGAGGAGGAGGGCGAGGAGGUCUUAUGA